AUGAGGUGGCUACCGUUAGAAGCGAAUCCUGAUGUGCUGAACAAGUAUUUACACAAGCUAGGCGUUGAAAACAAAUGGCAAUUCCGCGACGUGUACGGACUGGACGAGGAAGCCUUGAAGACUGUCCCUACUCCAGUGGAAGCAGUGAUGCUCUUGUUUCCUCUCAGUAAUGCCGAGAAGACCCAUCAGUUGGGUAAGGAGGUCACUGAUGACAAAGUUUACUUGAUACAUCAAACGGCCGUGAAUGCUUGUGGCACCGUUGCCAUUCUUCAUGCUUUGUGCAACAAUUCGAAAGUAAUGGAUGCAGCAAGUGGCUCAGUCCUGGGUGACUUUGUGAAGAAGACAUCUGGAAUGACUCCAGAUCAACGAGGAAUAGCAAUGGAAGAGGACAAGAACCUAUUCAACAUACACGAAACAUUGGCCAUGGAGGGACAAACUCAAACUCCGUGCAGAGAAAGCGACACACAAAAGCAUUUUGUAACUUUUGUGGUAAAAGAUGGUAGCCUCUAUGAGCUUGACGGCCGACGCUCGCAUCCUAUACUUCAUGGAAAUUCAACUCCACACACUUUGCUGAACGAUGCCAGUGUGGUAAUCAAGAAGUUUAUGGAACGGGAUAACUCCACAGUGAACUUUAGUGUCCUGGCAUUGAUCUCUGCCUGAUAUUUUGAAAUUUUGUUAUUUACUUUGUCGUAUAAUAUACUCUUUCUGAACCCAU